UAAAAAACGUUGCAGAGUGCAUACUUAUGUUUAACGUUAUUAAUAUUAAUACAUCGUAAAGAAUUUAGAAUAAAUUUCUGCUGACAUCAUGGGCACGUACGAUCUUAAGUGUUAUGGGAGAUAGGUUAGAAAAACAUUUCAGUGCUUCGUGAUUUUCAUGUCUGUAGAAGAUUGUAUUAUUUUAUGCGUAUCAUAAUGUUAAUUCCGACGAUUAGAAAGAGUGUACCAUGUAAUCUGCGACGAAUUGUCGCAUGUGUCACUUAUAGAAACAAAAUGCGAACGAAAAUCGCACGACAGUACAACGAGACGAAUUUGCUGUCUAGCUCGAUCCCAAAUGUUGCAACUUGUAGAAUUUACAGCACUGAAUCAGAUUCUGAACCACGCGUCUCUUUGCCCAUGCUUGUGACUAAUGUCGAACCGUUCAAACCAUCUUUUUUAAUCCCGUUUCGUCUUUUUUUCUUUUCUUUUCAAACUAUUCCACAGAUAGAUAAAGAGUUUUCUAUAUCCGAGACUCUCCAGGGAAUCAGAUACGCAAUAACAGUAAUAUCUAAGGCUUUGGCAAAUGAAAACUAUGAUUCCUUGGAAGGUCUUGUAGCAGAAGAUAUGAUAGAAGUUUUAAGGACAAAAAUCGAGACCCUCAACUCUGAGCAAAGAUGGUUAAUUGCAGUAAAUGAGAAAGAUAUUGCAUUUCAAAUUUUAUCUGAUAUCUCAGCUGAGACAGAUAUAUAUAAUUCCAUUCAAAUUAAAACGAUCUUCCAUUAUAUCCCAGGUAUGGGUGAGAAAAAGAAGCUAGAGCCAGCUUCUACAUUCACAGACAUCUCUAAAUUUGGUGAUAUGUUAAUAUGUAAUUAUAUUUUUACCCGUAAAUAUGUAAAUAAUGUUGGUGGUUCAUGGAUUGCGACUUUUGUAAAUCAUUAUAGUAUUAAUGCUGUAUUGUAGUUUUGUCAAUCUAUUUGCAUAAUA